CUGAAAACCCUCAAUUUCCGGCGAGCCUCGCGCAAUUUCCAUCCCUCCCAGAUAUAUUUCAUCUCCCCGUAAAUCAAUCUCCCCAUAAAAUAAUUUUUUUUGAUAUAUUCUGGUCUGAAUUUUGUUCCUUGAUUCGUUCCCCAAUUCGAAUCUACCCAAAGAUUUCUGUUAGAAUAUGGAAGCAAGCUCGAGUGAGGAAGGUGGGGAUAUGUCCAAAUCCGACACCCCCGGCGAGGCUUCGGAGGAUUUGAGGAAGAAGGAGAUGUCCAAAUCCGACAAGCCAUCAUCGUCGUAUUCGAAGAGCGUCGGCAGCAUUAGCAGCAAGGACAUGAUUUUCAGGGCAGAUAUGAUCGAUCUGAAGAACUUAGAUGUGCAGUUAGAGAGGCAUUUGACCAGAGCUUGGUCGAAGAACAAUGGCGAUCCCGGGCCUAAAGAGACAUGGGAGAUUGAUCCUUCGAAGCUUAAAAUUCGAUAUCUCGUCGCCAAGGGGACCUAUGGAACAGUUUAUCGCGGAACCUAUGGUUCCGAGGAUGUCGGAGUGAAACUAUUGGAUUGGGGCUGCGCAACAGUUGCCGAAGCUGCGGAGCUCCGAGCCUCGUUCAAGAAUGAGGUUGGUGUUUGGCAAAAUCUCGACCACCCGAACGUUACCAGAUUCAUCGGCGCAUCGAUGGGGACUUCGCAGUUGAAAGUUCCGGAAAAAGAUCCUUCUCAAGGCUACACGAGUCUCCCGUCGAGGGCGUGUUGUGUUGUCGUCGAAUUUCUGCCUGGAGGGACGCUGAAGCAUUUGUUGUUUAAGAAUAGGAAGAAGAAGCUUCCAUUUAAAGACGUCGUCAAGCUUGCUUUGGAUCUAUCUCGAGGGUUGAGCUAUUUACAUUCGAAGAAAAUUGUGCAUCGAGAUGUCAAAGCCGAAAAUAUGCUCUUGGAUUCUAAUAGGACGUUGAAAAUUGCGGAUUUCGGCGUCGCUCGCGUCGAAGCGCAAAAUCCGAGGGACAUGACGGGCGAGACGGGAACUCUUGGAUACAUGGCGCCGGAGGUACUCGACGGGAAACCAUAUAACCGAAAAUGCGACGUCUACAGCUUCGGCAUCUGCUUAUGGGAAACGUAUUGUUGCGAUCUCCCUUACACAGACCGUAGCUUCGCCGACAUUUCCUACAUGGUCGUUCGACAGAAUCUUCGGCCGGAGAUUCCCCGGUGUUGUCCGAGUUCUCUGGCGAGCAUUAUGAAAAAGUGCUGGGACGCGAACCCGGAGAAGAGGCCGGAUAUGGAGGAGGUUGUGAAGUUGUUGGAGGCGAUCGACACCAGCAAAGGCGGCGGCAUGAUACCGGAAGACCAGACCGGCGGCUGUUUUUGCUUUGCUCCGGCGAGAGGUCCCUGAGGAAGAAAGAAUGAAACUUUUUUUUUUGCAUAUUUCUUCUCUCUCAAUUUCAAGUUUUUCAUGAGUUGUAAUGAACUGUUCUCGGCUGUUCUUGGCUGC